AUGGAAGCUUCGACGUUGCAGGCGCGGGUGCUGGAGAAACUCCAGGCCACAGGACAACCAACCGCGAGAGGGUCCGCUUCCAGCCGAUUGCCCACACAGACGGUUUCAAACCGGAGGAGACAGGUCAGCGAGUCGUCAUCCAGCGAGGAUGGCUUUGGCUACAGCAGUAGCGACAGCGAGAGUGACAAGGAGUUGCGCCUCGAUGUACGCUCUACGCAGGCAGACAUCCUGAAGGCAAGUCGGAUCUGCAGUCGCCGGGACUUGACCAACUGCCUCCGCAAAAGGCGUCGGCUGCUACAGAUCUCGCUGGCCGCUCUGAUUGUCACAGCGUUAAGCUUUGUGGCCUUUGCUGCAUACGAACUCGAGCAGACGGAGCAGCUUGGAGGGAGCCUGCAACAGCAAGCUGCACCCAGAUGGCGGACCGACGAUUUGCCCCAGGAGGCAUGGCUGGCUGCCGGCUGGGGCCUGCCACCUGUCAUGCGGGAAUCCCGGCCAGGUGAUGGCCUGCGUUCGAACAAUUCCACCACGCAGCGGAAAUCAAAGUGUAAGAUCGGGUGCGGGGCGUGGUCCUGGUCAGACGAGCCAAUUGCGACCCUAUCCUUGCAGAGAGACGUGCUUUUCGGUUCAGAACCAGACAUGAUGUUUGGUGUUUGCAGUCGAGUAUUGUAUGAACCGUUGUUUGGUUUCUCGCACAUAAAGGUCCGCACAUUCACGUCCGAUCUAUCUAGAAUUCCGUAG